AUGGCUGAAGAAUUUCUUAAGUCCCUUCGCAAGUUUUUUGAGCAGCGAAACGAAGUCUUGAGAGUCCCACAAAUAGGUGGGAAAGAGCUUGAUCUUUUUAAACUUUAUAAAGAAGUCGUAAGCCGAGGCGGAUUCCAGCAAGUAUCUAAUAACAAAUUAUGAAAAGAAGUCGUCACUGCUUUAGACUUGCCAAGCUCUUGUACCUCUGCGAGCUAUAACCUUCGCCAGCAUUAUCAUAAGAUACUUUUUACAUAUGAGCAAGAGAACUUUUUCAGUAAAAGUGAAAGAAGUGUCCCAGUGGCUGAGCCAGAGCAAGCGGCUGCUUCAAAGCCUACUAAGAAAAUCAAGGUGACAGCACCUAUGAUGGCAAACACAAGGAGGAUGAUUCUAGCUUUUGACAGCAAGUACCAAACUGAAGUGAACUGGGCAAUAAACACGCUUUUAUUGUUUAGCUGCAAUACAGCUCACAACUAUCAGCUUGAAAGCAACGGACUAGUAGAAAGCAUUUUGUCGUUUUUGCAGUAUUGCUUGAAGAAAUUACCUGCCUUUGGAGGAGAAGUUCCAAUGAAAAGACCAAGAGGUGUGACUCCUUAUGAUGAAGCUUCUUAUGUGGUGAUGAUGGAACAAGUGAAAGCGAUUUUAUUGGUCCUGAGAAACUUGAGUAUGAUUAGAAAUAACGAAAUCAUCCUUUUUAAGUGCAGCGGAAUGAUUGAGGCUAUUGUUAAGAUCUUUAGCCUGUUAAUUGAUAAAGAAAUCACUCAAAAUUGUUUGGAAUUUUUAACAAAUUUAGCUAAACACAUUUUCUUGCAAGAUCUGCCAAACUAUAGAGACUUAUUGUGCACUCUAAUGGACUGCCUACAAAGUGAUUUAGCAGAAUCCGCAAUUGAGUGCUUCAGAAAACUUACUCUGCCUAUCAGCAAUGAAGAAAUAAUUGAGCAGCUUCCUCAAAUUUUCUUUGACGAGCUAGCUAAAUGGCUUCUCUCCACUUCACAAUCCAAAGACUCUGUCUUAGAAAUCCUCUGCAACCUCAGUGACCAAAGCUUAGCUACUAAGGUAAAAAUCGCAAACGCUCCUCGCUGCAUUGAAGGCCUUGUCAGGCUUUUGACAUCAAUAUCCCAAACAGAUGACGCCGAAGACAAGCAAGCCAAAAUAUCUGCAAUGAUCCUAAACAAUCUAUCAGGGGCACCUAAAAACGUCAAGCUUUUUGUGCCGUUUGACACACAAAUAUUUGCAGUAGCCGCAUCAGACGAGCGAAUUUCAGGGUUGCUCUGCAAUGUGUUAUUUGAAAUCCAAGAUCUUAAAAGUAAUUAA